UGGAGUGAUUGUAGGGGGGUGAAAGGAGGGAGGGCACGGGCGAGCGCAUGCAGAGAGGGAGAGAGAGAGAGAGAGAGAGAUGACCUCACUGCUCACGUGUGGUACUGGAUCAUUCGCUCUAUUGUGGCAGAGAUAAUGCCAGCCUGGUCCAGGCGCUUUAAAAAGCAACGGGACCCUCAGGCUGCAGCCACCCGCUGGGGAGACACACACCGGCACCAGAGGAGGACUGUGCUAUCCCAGGUCACUCCUUGAUGCUGUACACACUGGCAGGUGGGGGCACACUGUGCGGUGUGGCUGCCCUCGUGCUCCUCAUCGUCUCCACGGCAACUGACUUCUGGAUGCAGUAUCGUUACUCUGGAAACUCGGCCAGCCAAGGCCUGUGGAGAUUCUGUAUCAACAACAAGUGUCAUGCGCACACUCUCACUGUGGCUUUCUGGGAUGCUACGCGUGCCUUCAUGCUGUUGUCCAUCCUGAGUUGUUUUGCUGGAGUUGUGCUUGGGCUCAGCGCCUUUGCCAAUGGAGCCAAGAGUAGGAGGGUGCGGACCGGAGGCAUCGCCCUGCUGCUGUCAGGUUUUCUUGCACUACUUGCUUUGGCAAUCUACACGGGGGUGACGGUCAACUUCUUUGGCAAGCGCUACAUCGACUGGCGUUUCUCCUGGUCCUACAUCCUGGGAUGGCUGGGGAUCAUCCUCUCUCUCACCGCUGGUAUGUUUCAGCUCUGGGCUUAUCAGAGGAACACAGCAGAGCCUCCACCCCCAGACCUCUCCGACAGCUGAGCACCCCCCCCCCCCCCCCCACACACACACACCCUAACCCUCUCAUCCUCUGAAGAGACUGGUGCCUACCCAUAGAAACAUGGCUGGUACAAUGUAACAGGGUUCAGAUACGGUUGUAAAUUAGAAAGCAUUAAAAAAAAAAACAUUAAAAAUAUGUUUUGGACA